GGAAAGUGAGACCUUGGAUUUCUCAAACUUCUUCGGCAAGAAGAUUAUUUAAGGUUGGACUGUUUUACUUUUCCAGAUGGCCAUCUCCACAGAUCUGAAUUGGGAGGAAAAUUUGGUUUCGGACUGGAUGUCUAACGCUGCCCGUGCAGGAGUCAUACUAAAUCCUGCUUUCCCUGGUUUGAAAACUACCAGAGCAAUCAGCACGGAAAGUGUCUUAUCGGGUCAUGGUGUUAAUUUGAUGCACAGAUCAAGUAGCAUUUCUCCAAGUGAAGACACUAUGCACCAAGAGCAAACACUGGACCUUAAAAGUUCUUUUGAGGAAAAAGUGGCUGUCUCCAAGACAGCUUCAGCUUCUAACAGGGAACAAACAUUAAUGGUUAAAGAUGUCCCAGCUCAAUGGACCGCCACUGAAACUAAGCCUGGUUCUGAUCAAUUAGAUGACCUGGAUGAAGGAUACUGCACUGAAUUACUCUUACAAAAGCUGGAACAGCUCAAAGAACUGCAACACCACAAAAAGGAGAUUUUGAGGAGGCAGCAAAUGGAGCAAAUUCAGAGAUUAAUGGAAGAGCAACAAAACUUACUUUCACUGGUUGCUGAGCAGCAAGAACACACUGGCUCUCCUGCAAUCAAAGAUGAUGGAACGCAGAACUAUCCUGGAUCGGUUUGUUUGUCUCCUGUCCCUUAUUUUCCACAAUGUCCCAGUAGAGGCAACACUGAUUGGGACAGUACAUCUCGUGAUUCUUCUCCUGCGGACCAAAGAGAUUAUUUACAAAAUUUCAAUCAUAACCAAAUAUUGAAGAAAAGUCAUUCUGCAGAUCCGUUUUAUAAGAAGCAGCCUUUAGACAUUUCUUUGAAAGGAAACAAUGAAUUGAAACUUGAAGACCAAAAGUCUAUUUCAGGCAAAACUAAACAAUCUCCAGAACCAAGUCUACAAGGAAAUAUAGAAGGAGACAGUGAUUCUGAAGAUCAAAGGAAUACGGAGGCCUCUAAAAUUCUGACUGCAGGGAAGUGUUCAGGAGCUGUUAAUGAAGAAGAAAGGCCUAUUGUUGCUAGUAUGCAAGAGAGAAAGCAAACAUUUGAAGAAUUUCUAGAAGAGCAGAUACGGUUGGAAGAACAGAGGUUGAAUGAAGAAGCAACUCUCAAGGUUGCUGAAAAAUUCCAGAAACCAGUUUCAAAGCAACCAUUUUUAAAACGAGGUGAAGGCUUAAAUAGAUAUACCAAUGCCAAAUAUAAAGUAGCUAAAGAAAAAGAAAGUAAGACAAUUCUACAGCCUGAUCCCUUCGAAAUUAAAAAUACAAUUAAAGCAGACAAACAGCCGCUUCAUCGGAAAACUGCCUCGUCCAAUAAAAUUUCUGACAACUUUGUGCCUAAACUUGUAAAUCAGAAUAUUAAAACCAAAAAGAAUUUGUCUUUUUCUGCUCGAAAGACGACGAGACUCAGAAAUGGCACUGGAAAAGGUAUUUCUUCAUCUGCAAGGCAACACACGAAUGAAAUGAAAAAGGAAGUACUGAGAAACUCUCUAAGACCAGAAAUAAAUGGAGAAAAAGAAAAGAAUGAAGAAAAUGUAAGGCCACUUGCAAAGCUGCAUGAAAUUGAUGCCAAGUUACCAGCAGGAAAAGAAGCACCGUCAGAAGUAACUGAAUUUCUUAUAAAUCCACGUGAAAGAGACCAAGAGCUGUCUUUUGAACUUUCUUUCCAAAAGAAGUUGGGAAAUUGGGAAGCCGAAAAAGAAAAAGAAAAAAAGGAAUUGGAUGAAUUUUUGUUUUUGGAGCAGGCUGCUGAUGAAGUAUCUUUUGCCAGUAACUCUUCACUCGUAAUAAGGAUCUUGGAUCAAGGCCAACAAAUUUCCUCAGGGCAUAGACUGUCUUCUACGCCGAUUAAACCAAGGUUGAAGGAGCAGCAGAUGAAUGUGCUAAAUGUCACAGCUGCAGCUAACCUGAACGGAAAAAAAUGGGUUUCCCAAGCAUCUAUCCAGGAAAGCCACAAGGAUAAUUCCCAGGUACCAGAACCAUUCAUGUUUCAUAGAAGUUCAGUUGACUAUGAAUCUUCUUCCUCGGCUGAAUGUCAAGAUUCUGAAUUAGAUGAAGAAAACUCUGAUGAAAGCAGUGAGAUGACUUCUGAAAGUGAAGAAGACUUUGAGAUCACCAUAAAACCUGCAAGCGAGGGAGCUGAGAAGAUGACUUUGAAAAACCAAAGCAACUGUCCUGAAUUUUCAGAGUGCAGAGAACAAUUGGAGAGCACAGAGAACACGAAGAGUCCCGUUUCAAUGGAAAAGGAGGACGGUGGCCAGUCUAAUGAGCUAUGUAGAGACAGUACAUAUCCAAGUGUGUUCUGUAGGGACAGAAAUAAAUUUGAGUUUGAUGAUGAAAUCUCAUGGACUGACUUUGAGAAUAGCAAUCUGUGUACACACAUUCCAGAUGGGGAUAUGCUCUCUAAAGUACCUCUGACUCCUGAUUGUUCUAAGACACCUUUUCCUGAUAAAGUAAUAAAGAGGAAGAUUGCCAUGGUGAAGAAAGGAGAUGCUUUGCUGAAACAAAAUAUGACAGUUAACGAGGAAACUGAGCCUCCUACAUCAGAUCUGAUGCUAAAACUCUUUCCUUCCCUAAAACCUAAACCGAAGGCAGAUGCACAAUCAAGACAUGAGAGCAAAUCAAACAUGACUCAGGAUGAAUCAAGUGGGGAGAGUGUGCGUUCACAGCUCUUGAAAGAGAAGCUUGUUGAAUUGGAAAUGGAAAUUGAAAGGUUCAGGACUGAAAAUGCAUCCCUAUCAAAACUUAGAGAAGAACAUGAAACUGCCCUGGAAAAUAUUAGGAAAGAAAAAUCUGCCUUUGAACACCAUAAAACACAAGAGCUUGCUCGAAUAGAGGAACUUAAAAAAGAAGAAGCAAGGAAAUUGCAGAAAGAACGUAAAGUUUUUGAGAAGUAUGCACAGGCAGCUAGAGCCAUUCCAGAUAAAAAAGAACGUGAUGAAAUUCAGGUAUGAAU